UGGUGUUGUCUGAUCACGUGACCUCAUCGGAAGUUGCCUGUGCUGCUCGCGAGUCGCAAGUGGUCGCUUGUAAACAUGAGCUAACCGGAGAGGAGCCCUUUAAUUAACCACUGAGGGCCAAAACAAGCCUGCUGAUCAGAUUCUGGUUCUUUUGUACUGUUAAUUAAACUGGGAUUUUAAUGCCGACGGCUUCUACGCGGGAUUUUAAAUCGCUGACAUGGCCGAGGUCGACGCGAAUAAAGUCAAUCAUGUUUCCGCCGAAGAGGAUAGGCUACUGUUUCCGGUGACAGGCUAUGGUUUUAAUGACUGCAGGGAUGAGUAUAGUAACCCAAAGCCGUCCCCAGUUGCAGGUGGCUGGAUAGGUGCUGACCAAGAAGAGGAAGCAUUGCGCAGGAAGUUAAAAUAUUUCUUCAUGAGUCCCUGUGAAAAGUACCAAGCCAAAGGCCGAAAACCUUUUAAACUGGUUUUGCAAAUACUGAAGAUCAUUAUAGUAACUAUACAGCUGGUACUUUUUGGUUUGAGCAAUGAGAUGGCGGUGACGUUUAAGGAGGAAAACACAGCCUCAUUUAAACACCUUUUUCUCAAAGACUAUGAUGAUUCAAAUGACGCACUUGCUGUUUACACACAGAGUGAUGUUUAUGACCACAUGUUUUACGCAAUAGAACAGUACCUGGCUUUGCCAGAGAAUACAGUGGGCCGCUAUGCAUAUGUGUAUAAUGUUGGUGUGAAUGGAAGUGCGCUUUCCCUGUGUCAGCAAUAUUAUAAAAGAGGAAGGAUUGACCCAGCUAACGACACCUUUAACAUCGAUCCACAUGUGGUCACAGACUGUAUCGGAGUGAACCCUUUGUCCACUCCCACACCAAGUCUGGGCAUUGAUUACAGGAACUUCACCCUCAAGUUUCACAAGCUCAUUAAUGUCACCAUACAGUUCCAGUUGAAGGCUAUAAAUCUUCAGACCAUCAUCCACAAUGAAAUUCCUGACUGUUACACUUUCUUCAUUACGAUUCUGCUGGAUAACAAGGCCCACAGUGGUAAAGUUAAGAUCAGUCUUGAAAAUCAAGCCUCCAUUAAGGAGUGUAAAGACCCAAGUGUGUCUGGACCCGCUGAUAGUUAUGCUCGUGUGUGGUUUGACGGGGUCGUUUUAAUGGUGUGUGGUUUCUCUCUGCUCCUCUGUGGUCGCUCUAUAAUCAAAGGAAUAAUUCUUCAAAAUGAGUUUGUGAGGUACUUUAAGACCUCUCUGAAGCGUGAUGUUCGUUGGGGAGACAGAAUGGAGUUUAUUAACGGAUGGUAUAUUCUGCUCAUCAUUAGCGAUGUGCUAACUAUCACAGGCUCCUUCAUCAAGAUCGGCAUUGAGCUAAAGAACCUCUCAUCCUACGAUGAGUGUGGGAUCCUCUUGGGCACCUCAACGUUAUUGGUUUGGGUUGGAGUUAUUCGCUACCUCACCUUUUUUCAGAAGUACAAUAUUCUCAUCGUCACUUUACAAGCUGCAUUCCCUAAUGUGAUCCGUUUCUGUUGCUGUGUGGCGGUGAUCUACCUCGGUUAUUGCUUCUGUGGGUGGAUUGUGCUGGGACCCUAUCAUGUUAAGUUCCGCUCUCUCUCACUGGUGUCUGAGUGUCUUUUCUCUCUGAUCAAUGGAGAUGACAUGUUUGUGACCUUCAGCGGCAUGCAAGAGAGCAGCAUGCUUGUCUGGGUCUUCAGUCAGGUUUAUCUUUACACAUUCAUCUCUCUGUUCAUUUACAUGGUGCUCUCGCUCUUUAUCGCUCUUAUCACUGGAGCUUACGAGACCAUCAAGCAUCAAACUCAGGAGUCUGUCCAUAUCACUGAUCUGCACGCGUUCAUCGCUGAGUGCACUGACACGCCCUGCUCUGGAAAGUUUCGCGGGUUCGAGACCUCGCCCUGCUCUGUUUUCUGCUGCUGUGACAGAACCACCACAUAUGAGGACGUGCACCUCAUCAACUAGUACAAUCUUGGGACUUGACGCCUGAAGAUCCCUCUGCUGGCCACCUUGCAGUAGUGCAACAGGAAAGAAGCCAGUGGCAAUGUGAGGAAAGCUCCAGACAAAAUUCCCAAGUCGUCACAGUCGCUUCACUUUGGACCUUAAGUGGAGAAGAGCAUAUAGGAUUUUAACAGAAGAAUUGCUCCAGUCUCUGAAAAUUUAAGUUUUACCUCAAACUGAUUUUAGUUUAACUUUAUUCUGGAGGUUGAUAAAGGCAGCCCAGUACCGCCUCUUUGUCUGUACUGAUAAAUACACUAAGGAGGUUGAAUUUAAACAGUAUUAGACAGACAACAAACUGCACACACGCAGGCGACAUGUACAAUAACCAUUGCCUGAAUGUUGUUCGUUCAGUGCAUGUGCUGUGGUGUGCAAGUGGGUCAUCAGUGAUCAAUACUGGGAGACAUAGUGGUCAGUGCUUCUAUUGCUUCUCGUUCUGUUGGAUAGUUUUUAUGUCUUUGAGUAACUUCUAGUCAUGUGCAACGUCUGCAACCAGAAGAAAACUGAACUGGCAGGCCUAAGAGUUAAGCAGAUGUAGAACACUGCUGCUGCCAAAUAAAACGUGAUUAAACAUCAUCAUAAAAAAAUAAAUCCCCUUAUUCAGCACUUAGAGCAGAAACUGCCAUCCCUGGUGUCUUGAUAUCAUCUCCAUGUAUCCAUUACAAUUAUAGCCUUUUUAUUUAGCCUUUUUCCCUAGAAACGUAGCCUUAACUCUUUCUGGUGUGUAGAGCUGGCUGUAAUUUGGAAUGUAAUGCCUCAUGGUUGAAGAGGGUGACUUUCAGUUGCUUUUUCUAUUUUUCUGAGCUUUCUGUAAACAAGUUCACCAGUAAUGAUACCUCCAUAAUUUGAUUCCAUACUGAUUUAUUUGUUUAAUAUGAAUCAAAUCACUCGCUUUGCAAACCAUAAGUGAAAUCUUAUUUUAUAAAUUUUAUUGGACAGUCUUAACCUUGAUGAUCCAGUGUCCAUCCACCCUUCAUCAGCUUUGUUUUAAAACGGAGGCCUUCAAGAACAUUAUUGUAGGAUUACUGGCACAGUGUUCUGUUACCAUGGUGACAUAUUAGAGCAAUAGAACUCAUCAGACGUGCUUGACCCAUGCAUGACUCUCACUUCAGAGAGCUAACAAGCCUAAAUAUAUUAUCUUCUCCAUUAUACUUGACUGAUUGGAGAAGGAAGGAAAAAGAUCUAUAUUCUGGGGCCUGUGCAAGCCAUUACUUCAAGUGCACAAUAAGUAGGACAAGUCAGUGAACUGCUUUCUUGUCAUAUUGCAUGAUUAGAUUUCCCUUUUAAUUCUUCUGUAUUAUUGUUGUAAUGUAGUGUUUUAUUUAUGUUGUGUUGGCUCUGUUGCCUUUCUGCUUCAAAUGAAUUUAAAGCGCACAAUCUGCAAACAGACUACACUUUCUGUUACUAACAUGUGAAGCUAGACAGUGAUGUUUUUCAGAAGUCACAUCACAUCUCAUGUUGCCUGAUAAUUGUGUCUUUUUAAAUGUUUUGUAAUGGACAACUUGUUCAAAUACUUUGCUGACCAAGGCAACACAAGCAGCCUGUAGAUAAAGUGAUGUAGAAGAAUCUACUGACUUUAAAAAUUGAGGAUUUUUCUUUUAUUUGUUUUAAAUACUUGUACAAGUGUCAUUGCACAUUUUUCCCCAAAAACUUUGGUCUUGACAGGGUCAUUUUUUUAUGUACUCAUGUAUUGUUCAAUACAGUGAUUGUUUAAUAUUGACACAUUUCCCUUGUCCUGUUGUUGUUCCCUAUUAGAGUAAAUUAGUACACUUUUUAAAGCUGUAUUGAUACAUGUAAUCAUUUCUUACUCCAUGAACACUAGGUUGUAUAAUGAGAGUAUUUGAUCACAAAUCUGAAGCCUUUAAAAUUGUGCAUGGCAUCUGUGGCCCCUAAAUUGCACUUGUAAAAUAUUAAAGUUGCUAAAAAAUAUUUAGUCAAGAUUAUUGUAUGUGGAAGAGGGGAAGGGAGUUUGUAGGCAUGUUUGAAUAGCUGGUCUAAACAGGUGCAUGGACCAUUGCAUCAGUGUACCUUGUUUGAGUUGGCUAUCUGAGACCUCAGGAAAAGAUUACACACACUGUUCAAACAGAGCAACCCCCUCAGAUGUUGAUCUCAGACCUGUGGCCCUUCUAUAAAGCCCUACUUCCCUAUUGUCAACCUGCGGUGGGAGUCUGAAAAUGAGACACACCCAGCAAUUCAAAACCGAAUGAGUUAACUGGAAGAGAUUUCAUUUAACUGCCUCAAUAAGUCCAUUGUGAUCAUAUACAAACAGGUUUUACAGCAGUAUAACAAGAAGAUAAUCUUCUGAGGCUUAAUUUUGACUGAUUUCUUUAUUCAUCUAAUCCAAAACUACUACUGUGAUGUGCUCCGAUGCUCACAAUAUCUUCUAGUGUAACUUAACCUUGUCAUAUGGGUGAGGAUACCAAAUGCCAGACUGAUGCGAAUGGUAUUGAAAAUGUGCUAUAUGAUUGGCUCAACCCAUAGAUUCAAAUUUGCAUAUUAAAGACAAAGCUGAUUUUAAAUAAAAGCUAGACAAGAAGAGCAAUGUAGUAUAGGACAUUACACAGCUGCAGGCCUGUGAGAAUCCAUUUACUUCCAAUGGGGACUAUUUAGACUGGACUAUUUCUUCUUUUACAAAGCUUUCUAUGUAUGUAAACAAAUCUUAUCCAUGUAAACAAAAAUCAAGUGUUGCUUGUCCAUAAAUGACCCUUUCUUUGUUUAAAAAUAAUGUUUGCUGUCA